AUGGCAGACGAGGAGCCGGUAUCUGCUGGCGCCUCGUUGCCUGGCUAUUCUCUCCUCCCGCACGAUGCGGCUGAAGCCCUUCAAUUCGACAUCGUCCCACGUUCAGACGCCUCGUCCUUCCAGGCAGGCUACCAAGGGUUGCAGGAGCGAGGCUUCCAAGUGUGGCUCAGGGGCGAUGUUCUACUCAAAGCGUCACCGCAGGCUUUGCAAGGCUUGACGAGAUGCACGAUUCAGCUGACGGCGGACGAGAGUGUACCAUCCUGUAGCGUACCGCUGCAUCAGGCCUCGCAUAUACUGUGGACCUCGCCCGACCUCCCCACCACUUCAUCCUCUGCUGCUGCGCAAGCGCACGCCACUCAUCCCCCCUCGGUCAUGCCAUUCGAAUUUUCUCUCCCACAACACCUCCCUCACUGCCUACAUCUCCCGGACAUCAAGCUCGAAUACCGGCUCGUUGCCACGCUCCACUCCACCGACACAUCGCAGCUGCCGCGAACAAAAACCGUCUCUGUCCACGUAACGCGCUACUCUGCUCCCGGCCCACCACGCCAACUCCUCCCGGCCUCGUGCGCGACGAAUGGAGGUUUCUCAGAGGAGCCCAAGGUGUGGAAGAGGACAAGCCCGACGGACAUCGAGGUCACGCUUGCGCGCACUCUGUACAGACGAGGGGACCACAUCCCGCUACGCAUCCAGGUGGCGGCCCCGCAUGACAAGUUGAUUGCGAAAGGCCUGCGCAUCAGGAGCGUCGAGGCCGAGCUGGUGAGGAGGAUUGAGACGCGGGCAACGCAACCAGACGAGGCAGCUUCCAACCCCAAAGCUAGGGCCAAGGACAGAGAUACGGCUGGCGGCUGGGAGCCGCAUGCGCAUCUCCUCUCCAGCGAGGACGCGCCUCGAGUCACUCCACCACCCUCCUCUCCCCUCGCCACAACAUCUCAUCAAACCAUCUUAGCUUACUCCGGCAAAGCCUGUCGCUUCUCUCUCACCCGUCCGCUCGUCCUGCACCUCACCCUCGUCCCGCCCUUUACUUCACCGGCCCUUCCUCACCCCUCGCCAGACCAUGACGCCCCACCCGCCGGUCUCUCGCCAUUGACAGCGGGAUCUGCAGGAGGGGGUGGCGGCUGCGAGAGCGUGAGCCAGCAGACGAGAUUGAGCGAAGUGGCAUUCCAGGUCAAGGUCUACAUACGACUCAGAGGGCCCAGCGCGAGUGCGGCUGCGGAACAAGCGAGGGCGAGCACAUCGCCAUCAGGUUCUUCUUCAGCCGGAGCGUCAGGGUCGAGCAACCAGGACGUAACGUUCGAGAGCGAAAUUUACGUGCUGCCCGCCUUGGCUGGAGCUGGUGCAGAGGGACAGGAGCAUGCAGAAGAAGAGGCAACGGCGGAGCAGCCGCAGCCUCCAGCCUCAACUCCGUGGCCAGCCGACGAGGAAGACUUUGACGGAUACGAGGACUUUCGCGAGUCGCGGGAGGCCUUCGAAGAGGCAGACGGGCGGGAUCUUCCGCCUACAAUCGUCUUCAACGCUGAGGAAGCUGGAAACAGCGCCGACAGAAGAGUCGUCGGUGGGACCGCGACAGGGCCGCAGGAGCCUCCACCUACCCUUCAGCAAUCCCAGCAUGACCUGCAGAUCUUCCCCUCAGGCCACGCAGGGCAGGGGGGAGACGAUGAGGCGCUCCCUCCUCCGCAUCCUGAACGACAAGGUCAAGGCGACGGCGAUGGCGAUGCGCAGGUACCUUCUUACGAGAACGAGGGGGCUAGCACACCUCGACCGCCACCUGCUUGGAGUGAGCGAAUCGUAUUCAUCGAAGGGGUUGGAGAGGGAGAGAGGCGGCUCGACUUCGACGGACAUGUGCGUGACUGGUCGGCACCGCCCCCUCCAACCCUGUCGGAGAGCAGCAGCAGUCUCGCUGAGCCAGCACUACCACCUUUUGACGGGACAUUGACAUCGCCUCCUCCGUGCUUUGACGAUCAAGACGAGUCAUCGCCUCCUCCCCCUCCAAGAACCUUUGCAGCUCAUCACGGCAACACGCCGCAGGCGGUGCCGGCGAGUCGGGAACAGCAGCAGCCACGGCAAGCGAGCGGCACCCCUGUCGAGCCACCGCCGUACAUGACCAUGAUGGCACCUGCCCAUAACGACGCGCCCUCAGCCUCCUCAUCCUCGAGCACCAGAGGCGAGCGGAAGCUCUACGCCCCUCCCCGGCGCGUCAGCAACUAG